GGAAGGCUGGAAAGGCGUAGGGGACGAAACGAGGCGGAGGAAAACCAACCAAAACAAAAACGAUGAUAAAAGAACAAGCAGCGUCGUCAGAAAAUAGCCAAAUUUGAUUGUCCUCGCCGAAAGACAGCCGCCUCGAACGACCUUCGCUUCCUCCGCCACCGAAUCCACCACAAAAACCACCAUUUCUUGUUUUUUUUUCCCGUUCAUCAGAGGCGGGCAGGAUAAGAAGAACAAGAACAAGGGAGAAAGGAGGAAAAUCUUGUGGCCAAGAAGGCUGCAGGACUGGGGUUUUAGGAAUCCUUGGUCCCUUGGGUUUGCGUUGGCCGGCGGCUCCGGCUUUGGUCAGGCGUUGGCUGGUGCUAUUCAGGCGGAGCGGAGAUGUCGUCGGUGCUGGUGGAGCGGGCGACGAGCGACAUGCUCAUCGGCCCCGACUGGGCGACGAACCUGGAGAUCUGCGACAUCCUAAACCGCGACCCUGGGCAAGCAAAAGAAGUGGUGAAGUCUCUCAAGAAACGCAUUGCACACAAGAACCCAAAGGUCCAGCUUCUUGCUCUCACGUUGCUGGAGACGAUGAUUAAAAAUUGUGGGGACAUUGUCCAUAUGCAUGUUGCUGAGAGAGACAUACUUCAUGAAAUGGUGAAGAUAGUUAAGAAAAGGCCUGAUUAUCAUGUAAAAGAGAAGAUUCUCACGCUGAUAGACACUUGGCAAGAAGUUUUUGGUGGUGCCCGUGCAAGAUAUCCGCAAUACUACGCAGCAUACCAGGAGCUCUUGCGCGCUGGAGCCAUAUUUCCGCAGAGAUCAAAUGGUUCUGUGCCAAUCUUUACUCCUCCGCAAACUCAGCCUCUACAAAACUACCCCCCAUCUUUACGUGUUACUCAGGAGCAGGAGCCUGAAUCGUCAGUGCCAGAUUUCCCUGCAUUAAGCCUGACAGAAAUUCAGAAUGCACGUGGCAUCAUGGAUGUUCUUUCAGAGAUGUUGAAUGCUUUGGACCCUGGUAACAGAGAGGGACUUAGGCAGGAGGUCAUUGUUGACCUUGUGGAUCAAUGCCGUUCUUUCAAGGAGAGAGUGGUACAUCUUGUCAACAGUACCUCGAAUGAGGAGUUACUCAGCCAGGGUCUUUCAUUGAAUGAUGAUAUGCAGCGUGUUCUAGCAAAACACGAUGCUAUUGCUGCAGGUAUAGCAGUUCGGGUGGAAAAGCCAAAAUCUCUCCAGUACCAAAUUGAGAGUUCUGCAAUAAGAAAUCCAGAGACAGCGAAAGAACCAGUUCAAAGGUCUUCAGGAAGUACAAGUGCAAGCAACCAGUCUCCCUUUGAGAUUUUAGCUCUUCCUGCGCCUCCAUCAUCCAAUAGUUCAAAAGCUCCUGCAGCACCAGCUCCUAAUAUCGACCUCCUUAGUGGAGACGAUUAUAUCAAACCCGAACCUGCAAAUUCCCUGGCGCUUGUUCCAGUCACUGAAUAUUCAGCUUCAGACCAGAACGUAUUAGCCUUUGCAGAUAUGUUUCAACAAACUACUGCUAACAAUAGAAACCAUAACAUUGCAAACUCUUCUAGUUCAUUGACUUCAAAUUCUAUGUUCCCUGCAUCACAAACAUAUCCCACUCCAGUGCAACCUAUUCAGACUCGGCAUACAAAUUCUUAUUCAAAUGGGGCUACAUCCAGUGCCAUCAUACCUUAUGAUCAACAAUCCCAAUUGCAGUCUACAGGGUCAUGGAACGGGCAGCCUGCUUAUGGAAUGGGAAUGGAUCCCCAAAAGCAGGCACUAAAUUAUGGUACAGAUGAUCAAAAUGGAGACCUUCCUGCAGCACCAUGGAAUAUUAAGCGAUCCACAAACCCCUUCGACGACACCAAACUUGGUGAGACGGCAUUGCAACCAGACCAACCAGCAGGCAUGCAACCCCAAUCAGUUCAAGCCAGUCAGCAUGCGAAUGGAUUCAUGUCAGCACAACCAAUGCCGAGGGGACAGCUAGGAGGAAUGACGUUGCAACCAGUGCCUGGGGCGCAGCUUGGGCCUCUACAACCACAGCCUAUGCUGAACAUGCAGUACGGCGUAAUGUAUCGCUCAAUGCAAAUGAACCAAGGAAUGGGCAUGUAUUCCCAACCGACGUUUGGAGGAGGAUUUUACGGAAUGAACCAACCACAGCAUUAUGGUGUUCAGAUGUCCGGUUAUGGAUACGGCCAGCCAUCAGGGGGCUACUAUAUUCCAAAUGCUGGAUAUGCGUAUUCUAGUGCAAAUGAACUUUCCCAGAGAAUGAACAGCCUUUCAGUUCAAAACGGUAGUUCAAAUGGAGCAGCAACAAAUAAGCAGAGCAGACCUGAAGAUUCACUCUUCGGUGAUCUUUUGAGCAUCGCCAAAAUGAAGCAGAACAAACCUGCAGCUGGUAAGGUUGGUGGCUUAUAAACUUGGGCGUGGUAGAUAAAUCUCACCUUAUUUGCCAUCAGCAGAAGCUUUUCGUGAUAGUAGAUAAGUCUUUUGCCACUUUUUGUGCAAUGCCAGAUGGCUUCUCGACGUAAUGUCAUUUGAGGUAGGGAUACAUAUUGGAAAGUAGAAACGGUGAUACUUGAGAUGCUUGUGGCGAUGUCUCAUAGCAAGUGUGUUUAUAUGUAAAUUCUUAAGUUCGGUUGUAAUUAUAUUGUCAUAAGUUCCCUCUGCGCAAAUACUAGGCAGAAACAAAGGUUUCACAGCA